AUGUCGGCCCACAAGAACAUCAUCUUAUUAAUCGCAGAUGACCUCGGCCGCGAAAUGAUGAGUUGCUACGGCAGCAAAUCUAUCAAGACUCCUCAUCUAGAUGCUCUGGCUGCAUCUGGCUCCAGAUUUGAUCUCGCAUUUGCAUCAACAGCGUCCUGUAGUGGCAGUAAAACCACAAUCUACACAGGGCUACAUACCCAUAACAACGGCAGUUAUGGCCUGAACCACGACAAAAACGGAUUCAAAACCCAUCCUGAUAUCGAAACUGCACCACACAUCUUCAACAAUAUUGGACACAAGACCGGUAUCCUGAGCAAAGUUCAUGUUGGCCCGGAUAGUCAAUACUCCUGGCAAGUUCGUUAUGAAUCGGACUCUCGCAACGUUGCACAUAUCGCGGACAAAGCCCGUGAAUUCAUGUCGGAUGCAAUUGCGGAAGAUAAUCCUUUUUUCCUGACUGUUGGAUAUAUUGAUCCUCAUCGACAUGUCCCUCAUCGCGGCGGGUUUGGUAAUGUCGAGGGCAAUUAUGAUCCCCGGUUGAAAGACCGUACGUUCUCGCUAGAAGAUGUGGUUGUCCCUAGAUGGCUCAGUGACUUGCUGGAAGUCCGACAGGAAUUCUGCGAAUAUUACCGAUCUAUUUGGAGGCUAGAUCAAGGAGUGGGGAUGAUAUUACAGUAUGUCAAGGAGCUAGGGCUUGAAGAUAGUACAAUGCUUGUGUUUAUGAGUGAUAACGGACCGCCGUUCAUCAAUUCAAAAACGACAUUAUAUGACUCUGGCGUCCAUUUACCGUUUUUGAUGCGCGUGCCCGGCCGUACAACUGGCAUCGCGAAUCCGAAUAUGAUUAGUUGGACAGACGUACUGCCAACUUUCCUCGAUUGGGCUGGUCACCCUGGACGGCAACCUGGAAAGGGCUUCUGGGGUCCCCGACGAGGCCGCUCAUUCUUAUCCAUUGUCGACCAUACCGAGGUGGACGAAACUUGGUCUUGUGUCUUCGGAUCACAUACUUUCCAUGAAGUCACAAACUACUGGCCAACACGCUACAUGCGUGAUCGUUGGUACAAGUACCAUCGCAAUGUCUGCAAGCCCUCCAUGAUUGGCCAACGCAAACUCAACGACUAUAUCUUCCGACCACCGGAAGAGCUUUAUGAUUUGGAAACCGAUCCCUUGGAAGUUCACAACCUGGUAGAUGACCCAGUACACCGAGGAAAGUUGUUGGAGAUGCGAGCUGCCUUGGAACAGUGGCAGAAUGAUACCGAGGAUCUCUGGUUGUGGAGGGAUGGAACGAGCGUUUGGAUGUAUCGAGUUCAGGGGUAUCACCGUGAGGGAUUGAGGAUUCCUGAUCGCUUUGAUUUUGAUCCGACAAAUCCUGGGAACAGAGAUCUGGGAAUGCCUAUUGUCGAGUUGGAUACGAGUAAGAUUACGAAAACGCCUGUAUAAGAAUCCUGAAGCUGGAAUUCGCGUUGGACUCAAUGCCGUCUGAGUAAUACACUCGUAAGUCUAAGAAAGCUGAAGGACAAAGAGCUUAUACUUCGUAUACAGAGAAUUUACAG